AGGAAAGAAUGGACAGUAGAUAGGAGAAGUUACGAGAAUUGCUUUGGCGAACAAGAAAGUUAUGAGAAGGGCGUUGGUUUUCGCCAAUUUUUCGUUUUUCGCGCUUCUCUUGUCCUGUCAAUUGAUUCAAGGAGAAGCUGCUGUAACAACCAAGGCUCGUUCAACAUCAACGACACUUCGCCCAACAUCAAGUAGUGUUGAAACUUCGCCACGUUUCACCACACCUUACAAAGAACUGACCACUGUACAACCUAACGACACUGCACAUACUCAUGCUUUUGUACCUAAAGUAUGUGAGGUGAAUGCUCUGAACAAUUCUUCGCGAAAACAAGAGGAAGGAAAUGUUCAUUGGCUAGCAUCAUCCCCAGUACUCAUCUCACAAGAAAAUACACCUAUUGAUCUGAAGUGUCAUUUUUGCCUGAUUAAACCAAUGACAUGGACAAAAGUUCUGUGGUACAAGGAUGACAAACCUAUCAAAAAUGUUCAAACUGGUACAUUCCAUAUCUCACAUCCCAGGAAUAAUGCUGAUGAAGGAGUGUAUAAAUGUAAUGUAGUUACCCCUGACAACCAGACAGCAUCACUAACAAUGACUCUCAUCAUCAAUAAGGAUUCCCGUUUCUCCACAAUUCCAUCCAUUUGGAUCAGAAAUGAAACAUUCUCCCAGUCUACCUUCAUGUCUUGGCUGGUACGUGGGCAUGGUAUUUUUGAUUCUGUCAAGUUGAUAGUGAAGAUACGUCGGCUUGAUUCGCCCAUAUGGGAGUACAAAAGGUAUUAUGUUCAAUACAUCAGCGGGUCAACUGAACUACGAGACCUGAUACCAAGUACUCAGUACAUGGUGAAUAUCACUGCUGUCAAUAGUGACGGCAUAAAGGAGGAGUGUAGGUGUGUCAUCUUCUGGUCAAAUGCAUGGAACUCAACAGAAGGAUACAACUGUGGUUUUCUGGGCUUGGACCUUUCUACCCGACGAACCCUUGGAUUAGUAUUUGGAGCACUUGGUCUGUUGUUUACGAUUUCUGCUAUCUACUGCUGUAUCGUACAUCAAGCAUGUGAUGUAGUACACAGCCAUGAAGGAUAUGAACAGCCAGAUGAUCAGCAACAAUAUGAAAAUAAAGAUGAUGAUUGUGGGCUUACAAAUAACUACAAAGACAGUGGCAGCCUCUAUUCCAGUAACAGUCAAAACCAGAUCAUAAACCUGUGAGGACUACAAGCGGAAUCCUGUCUAACUUACAAAUGCUUGAUUUUACUACAUCUUGCUAAUCAGUUAACACUUUUCCAUGCUUCUUCCUUAUUAGUUCUACAAUAUUUGAACCCCAGCUAACAUUGAAACUUUUAAAUAUUUCUAUUGGAACGUCAAUCACAUAUACACCUUAGAUGUCUGGAAAAUAAAUUUCAUUUACUCAAUCACUCAUCCUUUUUUUAUCAUUCUCAUUUGCAAUCAAUGUAAAAUAUACAAAUCUUAUUGACACGAAAGUUCUCAACUGGAAAUUAGG